AUGGCGGACCGGUUUCCGUCAUUGGACGACUUCGAUUCAGGAGCGCAAACCGAUGUCAGGGACGUCGGCGAUGCCGAUGACUUCCUCGCCCGCGAGCGCGCCCUUCUGGGAGACGAUGCGACACAAUUCACAACCAACGACGACGACCUGUUAGGAGGAGGUGAUGGAGCCGGCGAGGACAACACCGAUGCGGCCCAAUUCCAGAGCAGCUUUCCAGACAUCAGCAGCGGCAAUGAGCAAGUUGCCCCGGGGGGUUCCAUCACUGGUCCUUCAGUUCAGUACAACUCUGGCUACGGAGCUUACGCCGAAGAGGAGCAGGAACCCGAAGUGAUCAGAGAAUGGCGUGAGAAGCGGGAUGCUGCCAAUGCUAAGCGCCAAGAACAAUUCGAGCAACAGAAGGCCGAGACCAUCAAGGAGGCGCAGCAGAACAUUGACGACUUCUACGAGAACUACAACAACAAGAAGGAGAAGACCAUCGCCCAGACACGCAAGGACGAGGAGGCUUUCCUGGCGAGCCGUGACGAUACCACCUCGGGAGGCACGAGCUGGGAGCGCAUCUGCAAGCUGGUCGACGUCAGUGGAAAGGGCGCAAAGGGCGGUGCCAGCGGUUCCGGCAAGGAGCGCUUCCGCGAGCUCCUUACUACCCUACGGAAGGAUGAGAAGGCUCCAGGCGCUACCGGCAUCUGA